AUGGAAGAUCUGGCAAAGAUGUGCCGCGUGUGCAUGGGCGAAUCGAUGGAACUGGUUGACAUCUACGAUAACAAGAGCAUGGGUGAUAAACUCUCCUUGGAGCUGGAAAACUCGAGGGAAUCGGAACCCACGCCAGCUGAUCUCUUUAAGAAUUGUAGCGAUUUGCCGGUUUCUUCGGGCGACGGCUUCCCUGAGAAAGUUUGUGAACCGUGCCUGAUGAAAAUGCGAGAGGCUCUGCGCUUUAAAAGGCGCUACGCCAAAAGUAUCGCUUACCUAGAACGCGUGAAGGCGGAAAAGAUCGACCAGGAGAUUAGUGAAAUUCUUGAGUUCGAAGAUUGGGAUUUGGUGGAUCGCGUGAAGAGUGAGGACGACGAAGAGGAGAACAAGAAAGUCGACUACUUUCAGACGAAGGAAAAGACUCCUAAGGAACAGGAGGAAAAACCACGACCUUUCAAAUGUCCAGACUGCCCAAAAACUUUUACCGGCAAAGCCCAGUUGACCAUGCACAGUCGCAUCCACACCAAAGGAUCCAAGAAGAAAUCAACACGUCCUAAGCGAGGAUCUUUAAAAUAG